CACAAACAAAAUCAAAACAACACUAUUGAAAAGGCAAUGAACAACACCAUAAAAAAAGUGCGACUUUCCUCCGCUUUUUUUCACUCUUUUCCCUGCUUUCGAGAUCUCUCCUUUUUCUCCGAUGAGCGAUGAAACACAUCAAGAGAGAGAGAAAGGAAAGAUAUGAAGCAAAACCCUAGUUAAACCUCUUCUCCAAGCCCCAAAUUCCGGCCGAAUCCCGACGAAGCCGCCGCCGAUCGCGGCGGGACCUCCGAGAAAAGCGUCCAUUUUCUUUGUUGACGGUGGGCGCUCCGAUCCAGUCAGAGCUAUCGCCGGAAGUCGAGCUCUCCAUUGCGGCACCGGGUGGAGAGGGCGGAUCUUGACCCCGUCCGGUGAUCGGAAGGCAAAUUUUAAUUCUUCCGGGCGAUUUUGAUCGAUCGAUCGGGAUAAAGAUGUAUAAGAAUCAGCUGCAGGAGCUGGCGCAGCGGAGCUGCUUCAAUCUGCCGUCGUACACGUGCAUAAGGGAGGGGCCAGACCACGCGCCGAGGUUCAAGGCCACCGUCAACUUUAACGGCGAUGUCUUCGAGAGCCCGAGCUUCUGCACGACUUUGAGGCAGGCGGAGCACUCCGCCGCCGAGGUCGCCCUCAUCGCCCUCUCCACCUGCGGCCCCUCUCACUCCCUCGCCGCCCGGAUCCUGGAUGAGACGGGGGUUUACAAGAACCUUCUGCAAGAAAUCGCUCAAAGAGUUGGAGCACCUCUCCCAUCAUAUACAACUGUACGCUCCGGCCUUGGACACCUACCUGUCUUCACUUGCACAGUGGAGCUUGCUGGGAUCACAUUCACAGGCGAGCCAGCUAAGAACAAGAAACAGGCAGAGAAGAAUGCUGCCAUGGCAGCAUGGUCUUCAUUAAAGCAAUUGGCAAAGCAAGAGGCAAGCUCAUCAAGCGAGCCGGAGAACCAUGAUGAGCAGGAACAGAUCACAAUUGCCCGGGCUCUCUUGAGCUAUCGCCUAAAGCAAAAGAUGGCAAUGGCCAACAACCCCAAUUCCACAUUAUUCCCUAAAAAGUUCCCUAUACAGCCAGAUAAAAAGCCAUCAUUGCAGCCUUUCUUAUCCACUGGAUCAAAGAUCUUACCUCUGAUCCGACCAAAAUCUUCUCUAAGAAGCCGACCAACCUCCCUGGUGACAACUGAUGGUGCGCCUUCAUCUCCCAUCCCACAACCAAAAAACGGCUGUGCCUGGCCUCAGAAGUUUCCUGCAAGCGGAACGGCACCAUAUGUACCAGUUCGGCACUACAGAAUGCCUUACCAUGGCAUGGCACCUCCAGUAACAAUAAGGACGGCAGUGCCAGUCUUUUCGGCACCACCUCUUCCACCAGCAAUUCAUAGGCAUCAGCUUCCUCCAGUUAUGGGCCGGCCGAUUCAUAUGGCUUCACCUGUUCGCAUCAGACCAGCUGUGCCAGUCUUUGCUGCUCCGCCCCCAGCCCCAGCUAAUACUCCAGUGAUCCCAGUUCAGGUAAAGGAACUGCCAGCAGCUGUGGCAGCCUCCCCUCCAUUAAAACCUCUAGUGGAGAAAGGGGAACAUGUUGAAGCCGUCGGUGCUGCGAAAGAUCUGGAAGAGUCUACAGUGAUGGAGAGUUUGAAGCAGCUCGAGAUCUGAUGAUGCUGAAGUGCGGAAAUCUUCCGGGGCAAAUUAGAUCUCUUUGUAAUGCAUUUUGUUCUAUGUUGCUUCCCGUUUAAUUUUGUUUUCCUGUGUUGCUGGUAGGAUUUUGGAAAGGCUGCUUUGUAGUAGGAUCUUAGCUUUAUAGAAGCAAAAUUCGCAGCGGUAGGCCAUUCAGCUGGUAUGAAGGUCUCAUCAUACAGAAUUUUUAGUUCUGAAGUUUCCAAGCCUUCAAUUUUAGCAAAUGACAAGUGAGCAUGCUCUAAACUACUAUGAAAAGAUCCUGUGUAGUUGCUUCAUCUCAAUAAACAACUGGCACUUGAAAUCAGCCUUUAACUC